CCUUACUGAUCAGCACCAAGUCUCUGUCGCAUAAACCACUCCAUUCGCUCUCUCUCUCUCUCUCUCUCACUCACUCACUCACUGUGAAAGCGAAGACCCAAUAGAAUCGAAUAAGGAGUGGAAUACAGGGAAUUGGGGGGGGGAGAGAGAGAGAGGCAGCGGCAAGGAACUUGAGUGCCAAAGAAAGCAAGACGUUAUAAAUACAAAGGUAUUCCUUAUAAAUAAGAUGAAAAAGCGGAGCUUUCUUCCGGCUCUCUCUCUCUGUAGUCCCUGCUGCUGCUACUGCUGCUGCCAGUAGAAAACAGCCGCUUUAGAGCUCUCUCGCCGCCUUUUCUCUGCCAGAAAAUCCAGUAACUGAUCAGAAGCCACAUUUAAGCCGGAUUAAAAGGGUUUGUUGCUGUCUCUCUCUAUUAUUUGUUUGGGCGCCAUUAAUAAGCCUCCUGCUCAAUCUCGGAGGAGUGAAGAAUUCAGUGUGUAUAUAAGCAUAUAGCCAUCAAGAAAAAGCCAGAGCUGAAAAGGGUUGGGUGUGGGUUAAACGCUUUGAGAGAUCUGGGUUCAGAAAGAGACAUCUCAAGCCAAGGUGUGGGAAUUGUUUUUGUUGGGCUUUGAUUUUGGAUCUGCCAGAAAUCAAAGACAAUGUUGCCUCAGAAGCAGGCAGAAGAAGCCAUAGUCUCCACCAACGAGGCCCAGAUUGAGGGCAAGGAAGAGGAGAACAACCACCGCCGGGAAGUGGACAACUCCAUUUUCAGUGUCAAGAGCAUCCUCUGGCAUGGCGGCUCUGCUUGGGACGCCUGGUUCAGCUGUGCUUCCAAUCAAGUAGCUCAAGUUCUGCUCACCCUGCCCUACUCUUUCUCCCAACUGGGCAUGCUUUCAGGAAUUAUUUUCCAGAUCUUCUACGGUCUUGUUGGCAGCUGGACAGCCUAUUUGAUCAGUGUUCUAUACAUAGAAUACAGAACCAGGAAGGAGAAGGAGAAUGUUAGCUUCAAGAACCAUGUCAUUCAGUGGUUUGAAGUGCUUGAUGGGUUGCUGGGUCCUUACUGGAAAGCAGUGGGUCUGGCCUUCAACUGUACUUUUCUUCUGUUUGGAUCUGUGAUACAGCUUAUUGCCUGUGCCAGUAACAUAUACUACAUCAACGACAAACUGGACAAGCGGACAUGGACUUACAUAUUUGGAGCUUGCUGUGCCACCACAGUGUUCAUCCCCUCAUUCCACAACUACCGAAUUUGGUCCUUCCUAGGCCUCGGCAUGACCACUUACACCGCCUGGUACCUGACCAUCGCCGCCCUAACCCACGGCCAGGCGGAAGGUGUCGCCCACUCGGGUCCGACCAAAAUGGUACUGUAUUUCACGGGCGCCACCAAUAUACUCUACACCUUCGGCGGACAUGCUGUCACAGUGGAAAUUAUGCACGCUAUGUGGAAGCCCCAAAAGUUCAAGUACAUAUACUUGAUGGCCACACUCUAUGUUUUCACGCUCACAAUUCCGUCGGCUUCCGCCGUCUACUGGGCGUUCGGCGACCAGCUUCUGAACCACGCCAACGCCUUCUCCCUCCUCCCCAAGUCCCGUUGGCGAGACGCCGCCGUCAUCCUCAUGCUCAUCCACCAGUUUAUAACAUUUGGGUUUGCUUGCACACCGCUGUACUUUGUGUGGGAGAAGGUGAUUGGGAUGCAUGACACAAGGAGCAUAUGCUUAAGGGCACUGGCAAGGCUGCCGGUGGUGAUACCAAUUUGGUUCUUGGCCAUCAUCUUCCCCUUCUUCGGCCCCAUUAACUCGGCCGUCGGCGCUCUCUUGGUCAGCUUCACCGUCUACAUCAUCCCCUCCCUCGCCCACAUGCUCACUUACCGGAAGGCAUCUGCUCGCCAGAACGCAGCAGAGAAGCCUCCAUUCUUCCUGCCAAGCUGGGCGGGCAUGUAUGCGGUGAACAUCUUCGUGGUGGUUUGGGUCUUGGUGGUGGGCUUCGGGUUCGGGGGCUGGGCCAGCAUGACCAACUUCGUCAGGCAAGUUGAUACAUUUGGGCUCUUUGCCAAGUGCUACCAAUGCAAACCCCCACCACCAACCGCACCAGCCAAGCACUGAGUCGACUCAGCUCAGCUCGGCCCGGCACAGAGUUCCACUGAGUUCGACCAAAAACUCAACAAACUCUCUCCUAUCUAUCUCCACACUUUGUAUCAUACACUCGGGAGGUAGCCAUAGUCUCCCCCCUACAAGUGAUGUGUGUUGGAUUUCCCUUUCUUUUCUUUUUUGUUCUCCUCCUAUUUUUCUUAGAGAAAAUAGUGUGUUGAAUUGUGAUGAUUCCUUUGCUACCAUAGCAUUUUGCCUAGUCAACUCAGUAUAUGAUAAUUUACAUUUUUCUCCUC